AUUACUUGUUAAUAGCAUGGGAAAAAUCUAAAAAGGAAAUACAGAGGGAAAAUUUGGUAUAUAUAAGCAAUGCAAAGCCAAUUCUAAAAUUGUGUUUUCAUUUCGGUAGAGAGAAGAGAGAGGAGGAAAAUGGAAUUUUCUAGCGAUUCGGUUUCCAUUGAUAUGGAAACGAUCUCUCUAGGCGGCAAGGAGUACCUUGUGAAAACUCGCCUCGGUACGGUUUCUGUUGUUGUGUUCGGAGACCAAGAUAAGCCGGCUCUUGUUACUUAUCCGGAUUUAGCUCUAAAUCAUAUCUCCUGUUUCCAAGGCUUGUUCUUUUCUCCAGAAGCUAGCUCCUUACUCCUACACAACUUUUGCAUAUAUCAUAUAAGUCCUCCAGGGCAUGAGUUGGGAGCUGCCCCGAUCAUCUCCGAUGACUUUAGUCCAUCCGUCGAUGACUUGGCAGAUCAGAUUGUUGAGGUUCUCAACUUUUUCGGGCUUGGUGCUGUAAUGUGCAUGGGAGUUACAGCUGGAGCAUAUAUUCUUACCUUAUUUGCUAUGAAAUACAGACAACGAGUCCUUGGGUUAAUACUCGUUUCACCCCUCUGCAGAGCACCUUCAUGGACGGAAUGGUUGUUAAAUAAGGUGAUGUCGAAUUUUCUUUAUUUCUAUGGCAUGUGUGGCAUGGCGAAGGAGUUAUUGCUUAAGCGGUACUUCAGUAAGGAAGUUCGUGGUAGUGUUCUAGUACCAGAAUCUGAUAUAGUUCAGGCAUGCAGAAGACUGCUAGAUGAGAGGCAGAGUAUAAAUGUUUGCCGAUUCCUUGAUGCAAUGAAUGAGAGACCUGACCUUAGCGAAGGAUUAAGAAAACUAUAUUGCCGUUCGCUAAUAUUUGUUGGGGAGAACUCACCGUUCCAUUCUGAGGCUCUUCACAUGACAUCGAAAUUAGAUAGAAGAUACAGUGCCCUAGUGGAGGUUCAGGCAUGCGGGUCAAUGGUGACAGAGGAGCAACCGCAUGCCAUGUUGAUACCAAUAGAGUACUUUCUAAUGGGAUACGGUUUAUACCGACCAACUCUAAGCAUUAGCCCUAGAAGCCCUUUGAGUCCAUCUUGCAUCUCUCCGGAGCUUCUUUCACCUGAAAGCAUGGGAUUGAAGUUGAAACCGAUUAGAACCCGGAUUUCUUUGUAAGCUGCGGAGGUAAAGAUGAAAGAGAAAGGGCAACAUCACCUUUUGUAAUCUAUCUAUAUAUAUAAGGUGUUUGUAACAUCUUUUGAUCGGCUGGUGAGGGUUGUAGAUAGAAAUACAGACAGAAAAAGAGAUAUUGUCAAUUCUUUUAUUUGUAACCAUAAAUCUUAGAUGUUAAAGUCAUCUGUAAAUCAAUGGAAUAAUUAUUAUCUACCAGAGAAACACCAAGUUACUGAUAAUAACAGUGGGUUUCCAUUGUCAAA